CACAAGGAGGUGGUCACAGGGGUCCUGAGGUCCAUGCAGGACUCCCUCAGCCUCCUCUAUUCAUGCACUCUACAGUCCUCCCUGCCAGCCUUCUUAUCCUCCAAAGAUGGCACACUCUGACUGAUCCUACCAUGAGAAUAUUCCCUGGCAAAUGGCUGAGAAUAAAGAUCUGCAAGAAGAACACUUUCCUGCUCCUGCUCUUCUGGGCUUCUUGCUGGAUUCUCGGGAGCACUUUUCUGUUCCUCCACAGGAGCCUGUUUUCAGGUCGCUGCACUGAUGAGGAGAGUAAGAAGAUCCUGGCAGGACUGUGUUAUGAUUACAACAACAGAGCUGUGACCGGAGACCUGUGUGAAGAUCUUUGUGUGACUGAAAAGCUGGUGUAUAAGCACUGUCUUUACUACCAACGGGGUAAAAAAGUUCUGCAAGCUGACUGGCAAGGCACCCCAGUCAUCCUGAAAUCCAAAAAUGAUGCCUUUUCCAAAUUCCAAGCACCUCUGUUCUUGGAUGAAUCUGAUGCUCAGUCUCUUACAGACACAGAACUUCUUGUGAUGGUAGCUGUGGAAAUUAAAAAUACUCUGGGUUUGGAUUUACCAAACAGCACCUUACUACCUCUGUGGCCUGAAAGAAAACAUAGUCAGAACUGGAAAGUGGAACUUGCAAGUAUGUGGUCUUUAUACCAACAAGAAGAAUAUCUACUCUUUAAUUUGCUCCAAGAUUUUAGUAGACAUGUCCUACAUAUAGUUGGGACCUGUGGACACUUUUAUGCAGUAGAGUUUCUUAGUGCUGGACACUCUUGGAAACAAAAUCUGUUUUCCUUGGAAGAAGUUGUUGGUCAGUGCAAAACAGGUGAGGAAAAGAUGAACGCUGUCCUUGAUAUUGCCAUCAGUUUCUUAGAUAUGGUCCAUCAGUUUGACAACGAGUUCUCUCAUCGGCUCCACCUUUGUGAUGUCAAACCGGAGAACUUUGCUAUUAGAAGCGACCUCACUGUGGUGGCCAUUGAUAUGGAUAUGGUAUUUUUUGAACCCAAAAUGCGGAACAUACUGGAGCAGAAAUGUACAUCUGAUAAAGACUGCAAUUUCUUUGACUGUUUUUCAACUUGUGAUUUAAAGACUUUCAUGUGUGGAGCACAAAGAGAGAACAGUAAUCUACAAGUCAUCUGUGACAAGAUAUUUCGGCACUGGUUCACUCAGACUAUGAUGGGGUCUAUUCGUCCCUUUCCUCUUCAAGCUGAACUACAUAAGACUGUGCAGAAAUGUGCAGAGUCUACCAAUAUGGAAUCACUUUUUUCGGACUUAUAUUCAUUACUUCAAGAGAGUCAAAAACAGCUACAUAGAGGAUAUAUGUGACUGUAGUGUUAAUUGACCAAAUGAUGUUAAAUAUCUUUUGUA